AUGCCCAUCCACCCCCGGCCUGAAAAGCAUCUCCUGCGUCGGUGGGAAGUCGGGGUCAACAAACGCCGUUUUCCUCUGCACGCAGGCCGCGAGAACGACCUCGUCGUGCGCGCCCAGGUGCGCGGUAGCCUUCGCCGUCUCCAACGCGCGAGCGGCCUCGGCAUUCGGCGCCGCGCAGUGGCGCUCGAGGUAGACCUCGUCAAUCGGCCGCGCGGUGAUGCCCCCGUGGUAUUCCCCAGGGGCCAGGCCCACGUAUUUGACCGUCUCCAGCGGGUAGACCACCAACCGCGUCCGGCGGGAACCGUCCGCAGCCUCCUCCACCUCCGUCCGCUCCCCGGUGGAGAUCACCACGUUGGGGUCAAAGCGAUGCUCAACAUGGGCCACAUGCUCCAGGGUGUCGUUGUAGAUAAACCACUCAUCAUUCUCCACCACACGGUAAAUCAGACCCUCCUCGAAGAGCGGGCUCACGAGGCCAUCAGGAACCGUGCAUUUAUGAUAUCGGAAAGGAGACCGACGGGCCUCCUGCAGGGCGCGAAGGCGAAGACGGCAAAGUUCCGCCGAGGAGCCACCUUUGACGGAUUUCGGCGAGAUCCCGGCGGGUCCCGAAAGUCCCUUUGUCUUUGUCUUGGAAUUACAACACCCCAUUUGCACCCUAGAUUGUUAGGUUUUAGACUUUGUGUCGUGACUUUUAAGUUAUAG